UCCUUCCGGCCGCCAUUUUGUCGGCCGUGCCUCGCCGCCGCCGCUCGGGGAGGGACCGCGGAGCGCCCGGACCGACCACCCGACCGCCGCCAUGUCCAAGCGCCACCGCCUCGACCUGGGGGACGACUACAGCUCCAGCAAGAAACGCACCACCGACGGGAAGGAUCGUGACCGGGACAGGGACCGUGAUGACCGUUCCAAAGAUCGCGACAGGGAUCGUGACAGAGAUAGAGAUCGUGACAGAGAAAGGGACAAGGAAAAGGAUCUGCGACCUACAUCCAACUCUACAUAUUAUGGGGCUGCUGGGUUACCAGCUAUAAAACCAGCAAUGAUUCCACACAGUAUUAACCCUUUCACAAAUCUACCACAUACACCACGAUAUUAUGACAUCCUGAAAAAAAGGCUACAACUUCCUGUGUGGGAAUAUAAAGAAAGAUUCACAGAUAUUUUGAUUAGGCAUCAGUCAUUUGUGCUGGUCGGAGAGACUGGGUCUGGUAAAACAACACAGAUCCCCCAGUGGUGUGUUGACUACAUGCGCUCGUUACCUGGCCCGAAGAGGGGAGUGGCGUGUACCCAGCCCAGGCGAGUGGCCGCCAUGAGCGUGGCACAGCGGGUUGCUGAUGAGAUGGAUGUCAUGCUGGGGCAGGAGGUCGGUUACUCCAUUCGAUUUGAAGAUUGCAGUAGUGCAAAAACCAUUUUGAAAUAUAUGACUGACGGUAUGUUACUUCGUGAAGCAAUGAAUGAUCCUUUGCUGGAGCGCUAUGGUGUUAUAAUUCUUGAUGAGGCCCAUGAGAGAACACUGGCUACGGAUAUCUUGAUGGGAGUUCUGAAGGAAGUUGUAAGACAAAGAUCUGAUUUGAAGGUUAUAGUUAUGAGUGCUACUUUAGAUGCUGGCAAGUUUCAGAUCUAUUUUGAUAACUGUCCUCUUCUAACGAUCCCGGGUCGCACCCAUCCCGUGGAGAUAUUCUAUACUCCAGAACCAGAAAGGGACUACCUUGAGGCUGCCAUUCGAACAGUGAUCCAAAUUCACAUGUGUGAAGAAGAAGAGGGAGAUCUGUUACUCUUUCUUACUGGACAAGAGGAGAUUGAUGAAGCCUGCAAGAGGAUAAAACGAGAAAUUGAUGAUUUAGGUCCUGAAGUUGGUGACAUCAAAAUCAUUCCAUUGUAUUCCACCCUUCCUCCACAGCAACAGCAAAGGAUAUUUGAACCUCCCCCACCAAAAAAACAAAAUGGAGCAAUAGGAAGAAAGGUGGUUGUGUCCACUAACAUUGCUGAGACAUCAUUAACAAUAGAUGGUGUUGUGUUUGUGAUUGAUCCUGGCUUUGCAAAACAGAAGGUGUACAACCCUCGUAUCAGAGUGGAGUCUCUGUUGGUGACUGCGAUCAGUAAAGCUUCUGCUCAGCAGCGAGCUGGCCGUGCUGGCCGUACUCGACCAGGCAAGUGCUUCAGGCUCUACACAGAGAAGGCUUACAAAACUGAAAUGCAGGACAACACAUACCCUGAAAUUUUGAGGUCUAACUUAGGAUCUGUAGUAUUACAGCUCAAGAAGCUUGGUAUAGAUGAUUUGGUGCACUUUGAUUUUAUGGAUCCUCCAGCUCCUGAAACUCUGAUGAGAGCCUUAGAGCUUUUAAAUUACCUGGCUGCUUUAAAUGAUGAUGGAGACUUGACUGAAUUGGGAUCCAUGAUGGCUGAAUUUCCAUUGGACCCACAGCUGGCUAAAAUGGUUAUUGCAAGCUGUGACUACAACUGUUCUAAUGAGGUCCUAUCUAUUACUGCCAUGUUGUCAGUCCCACAGUGUUUUGUUCGCCCCACGGAAGCAAAGAAAGCAGCAGAUGAAGCCAAGAUGAGGUUUGCCCACAUAGAUGGAGAUCAUUUGACGUUGCUGAAUGUCUACCAUGCUUUCAAGCAAAAUCAUGAGUCGGUUCAGUGGUGUUAUGACAACUUCAUUAACUACAGGUCCCUGAUGUCUGCAGACAAUGUACGCCAACAGCUGUCACGAAUCAUGGAUAGAUUUAAUUUGCCCCGUAGAAGCACAGACUUUACCAGCCGAGACUAUUACAUCAACAUCAGAAAGGCAUUAGUUACUGGGUAUUUCAUGCAGGUGGCACAUUUGGAGCGAACGGGGCAUUACUUAACUGUAAAAGAUAACCAGGUGGUGCAGUUGCAUCCCUCCACUGUUCUUGAUCACAAACCAGAAUGGGUGCUGUAUAAUGAGUUUGUCCUUACAACGAAGAACUACAUCCGGACAUGUACAGACAUCAAGCCAGAAUGGCUGGUGAAAAUUGCCCCUCAAUAUUAUGACAUGAGCAAUUUUCCACAGUGCGAAGCAAAGAGACAGUUGGAUCGCAUCAUUGCCAAACUUCAGUCCAAGGAAUACUCACAGUACUGAAUUUAUGCUUUGAACUGAAGUUAUUCAGAGGACAGCUUUAAGAGAUGAAAGGAUUCAAAGUUCAAGUUGUGCUCUUCACUUUGGUUCAAUAAUGGCCUUUAUUUGAAAGCUUUUUAAUUUUUCUUUACAGUAAAUAUUCCAUUCUGAUUUCAUAAAUUAAACAUUUAUGCCUCCCUUUUGUGUUGACACUGUAGCUCAUACUGGAAAAGCUAAUCAAUGUUUUGCAGUUUAUUGAAAGUAGUUCUAUAUAUAACAAUGUUCUAAGCAUUUCUUUAGAAAUGGUUGAAAAUGCUUCUAAAAAUGUGAUUAUCGACCAUGGUAUGCAUGAUCGUUGUAAUUGUUGACAUUCCUUUUAGAAGUUGUGAAAUGUUACAACUUGUGCUUCUGUAGACACAAUCUUCAGCUUCAGUACAAAGGUACUGACUUCAAUAAAGUCUAUUUAUACUAA